CGAAUCUUUUGCUUUCACAAAACAAAUCUCAUUUUGCAUUUUCAAGGGAGCCGAAAAAUAAGAAACAAAGAGAGAGAGAGAGAGAGAGAGAGAGAGAUGAAGGUGAAGAAGAAGGCAAUAGUGGUAAUUGUUUUUACGUUGAAGGUGUUGAUAAUGAUGAGUAGUGUUUCAAGCGCUGCACUGUAUCUAUUGGGUGAUUCCUCUGUUGAUUGUGGGGACAACACUCUCUUCUACCCUAUUUUCCACCACAAUCUCUCUUUACAUCCUUGUAAUGGCUCUGAUUCCUCCCUUCUUCCUCAUUUUCUUGCUGAGAAGAUGGGCUUCCCAUAUACUCCUCCAUUCUUGACUCAGAAUGGAACACUGCAAGGACUAUUGAAUGGCCUCAACUUUGGAUCCGCACAAGCCGCUAUCAUGAACGUCCCCACCGGCAACCACCCUCUCCAGUCUCUAAACCAGCAGCUCCGCCAAGUCUUCGAGACCUUUCAGCUGUUGGAGCUGCAGCUUAGCCCCGAAAAUGCCCACCACUUCAUCAAAUCCUCAGUCUUCUACCUCUCCUUUGGCAAAGAUGACUACACCAAUCUCUUCCUCCGCAACUCCUCAGGCAUAAGGUUCAAGUAUGGCGGCCACGCCUUUGCUCAUGUUCUCGUGAACGAGAUGGUCCGCGUUAUGAGGAAUCUCUACGCUGCCAACGUGAGGAAAAUCGUAUGUAUGGGGAUACUGCCUUUGGGGUGUGCCCCACGUAUAUUGUGGGAGCGGCAUAACACUACUGAUAUUGGUGUUGGCGAUGCAACAAGGGAAUGUGUUGGGGAGGUCAAUUUGCGGGUCUUGGAAUACAAUACAAUGCUGGAGGAGCGGGUUGUUGAACUCAAUUCAGAGUUGUCGGAGGCCCAGAUAGUCUUCUGUGAUGUGUACCAAGGAAUUAUGAAGAUCAUUGAAAACCCCACACGCUAUGGGUUCGAAGAAGUGAAGAUGGCAUGCUGUGGACUUGGUCCAUAUGGAGGGAUGGCGGGGUGUGCGGAUCCGGGGCUAGCCUGCCACGAUGCUUCAACUCAUGUGUGGUGGGAUUUAUACAACCCCACACCAGCAGUCAACUCAUUGCUGGCUGAUUCUGCUUGGUUCGGCCAACCAAUGCCUAACAUUUGUCGUCCUGUCACAGUUCAGGAACUCGCUACGGCUCCAAUACUGCCGCGUUUAGUCUGAGUCAUGUUAGUCAUUGUUGCCCUUGUCAUGGAGCUAUUCUCUGAUCGCCGCUUGAAUGUAUGUAGUUAAAUACCCCAAAAUUGAUAGACAAAAGAAAGAUUUAGACUUUAUAAUAAAAAUUUAGAUAUAAUUGGUUAAAA